AUAAUGUCGCCAUUUAUGACUUUGGCCCGAAGAGUCUAGAAGAAGUGACCUCAGUCUAAUACUAUUCUACUAUACUACUAAUACUAAAUCAAAUAGGAGUAUUAGGAAAUUAAAAUUAGUGGACUUCCCAUCAUUGGAUCUGAAAUUGUUCUCUCCCCCUCUGUGAUCUCCGUUCCAUCGCAGAACAUUCAAUCAGGUUAAGGAUUUGAUUUGAAGAGCUUGGAAAGCUGUUGUAUUUAUGGCAUCAAAACGCAUCUUGAAGGAGCUCAAGGAUUUACAGAAGGACCCUCCUACAUCAUGCAGCGCCGGUCCUGUUGGUGAAGACAUGUUCCAUUGGCAAGCAACAAUUAUGGGACCUACUGAUAGCCCAUAUUCAGGAGGUGUUUUUCUAGUUUCUAUUCAUUUCCCUCCUGAUUAUCCUUUCAAGCCCCCCAAGGUUGCAUUUAGGACUAAGGUAUUCCACCCAAAUGUUAAUAGCAAUGGUAGCAUUUGUCUCGAUAUUCUGAAAGAGCAAUGGAGCCCAGCAUUAACCAUAUCUAAGGUACUGCUGUCUAUAUGUUCCCUCUUGACGGAUCCCAACCCUGAUGAUCCACUAGUGCCUGAAAUUGCACACUUGUACAAGACUGACAGGGCCAAAUAUGAGUCCACUGCUCGCAGCUGGACACAGAAGUAUGCAAUGGGAUGAUAGGGAGAACACCAUGAAUUUCUGAAAGAAAUUGCAACUAUAUGGUAUUCCAAUAACCUUGGGUGAAGAUGAAACUGAUGGUAAGGAAGCUUGUUCAUUCUUCUCUCCCAAACAUGAGCUUGGCAAGGAAGAAGUGGAUAUUAAGACAUAAUGUAAUGACUCUGUUUUAUUUUAUUAUUAUCAUUAUUAUUUUUUUUUUUCAGUAAAGGUGUUCUUUUAUUUAUUUCAAGUUAAAGUUAAAAGAAUGUUGCUUAUC